CGUCAUACACACUGCUUACCUGGCAUCUCACUCUCCACACCAGCAUGGAUGAACUUGACAUGAUUUUAGAGGAGCUGGCUCAGAACUCUUCACAGACUGCAACUGUUCCUGUAGCAAUUCCACUUAAAACUCCCUCAAUAAGAACCUCAUUUAAAAGGGACAACACAACUCUGCAUGGACAGACUGAGUCCUCAGGUCUUAUCACUGGACCAGGACAGGCCUUUGUUAAUUAUGCCUACAGUGAGCUUCCAGCCCCUGUGGAGGCAGGACUGAUGAGACCCAGCACAGCCACACAGGAGUUAAACUACUUCAGGAAUCAACUGUUAGGUCUUGAUCUUGAGGUUCCAGAACAAGUACCCACAUCAAGCCCACCUCCAAUUGCUUGCAAGUCUAUAAAGGACAAAAACGAAAAAACUAAAGACAGUGUUAGUGGAAAGCAAGCAGAAGACAAUAACAGGGCUGAGAACCGACAUACUCUUCCUCUGUCAAAAAAACAAUCCAAGGGUUUGGAUGCUAUAGAUGACCUGCUGGGCUCUCUUAGCUCAGGCAUGGAGAAAAUGGGGGUCCAAACAGCUGCCAAGGGCCACUGUGCUUCAUGUGGCAAAUGCAUUGUUGGGAAGAUUAUCACAGCUCUGGGUCAAGUAUGGCACCAAGAACACUUUGUAUGUAUGGUGUGCAGGGAAGAACUUGGCACAUGUGGUUACUUUGAGAGAGAUGGAAAGCCAUAUUGUGAGAAAGACUACCAGAACCUCUUCUCCCCUCACUGUGCUUACUGCCAAGGUCCCAUUACUCAGAACAUUCUAACAGCAAUGGACCAAACAUGGCACCCAGAACAUUUCUUCUGCUCCCACUGUGGAGAUAUGUUUGGAACUGACGGGUUUAUGGAGAGAGAUCGUAAACCAUAUUGCUCCAGGGAUUUCUACUGCCUCUUUGCACCCAAAUGCUCUGGCUGUGGAGAGCCAGUGAAGGAGAACUAUCUGUCUGCAGCCAAUGGAACAUGGCACCCUGACUGCUUUGUCUGUGCGGACUGCCUGAAGCCCUUUACCGAUGGUUGUUUCCUGGAGUUGAAUGGUCAGCUCUUCUGUUCACUUCACUAUCACUCUAGACAGGGCACUCUGUGUGGAACCUGUGGCAAGCCCAUAUCAGGUCGCUGCAUCAGUGCCCUUAACUUCAAAUUCCACCCUGAGCACUUUGUGUGUGCAUUCUGUCUUCGGCAGCUGAGUCAGGGUGAGAUUAAGGACCAGGGAGGGAAGCCAUACUGUUCAGUAUGUCACACGAAACUCUUUCUGUGAAUGAGGUGACAGAAAAAGAUGUCAAAAUUGUUUAAGAAUUGCUAUAUUUUUUGUAAGUAAAGAAUUGUUAUUGAGUAUUUUUAAGUACAAUCAUUAUUUUAUUAACUAUGUAGAUGUCUCCAUCCUUGCUGUUUUA